UGAGGAUCGCCUUCGUGGGACGGUGUCCGUGAGGCGGCGGGGACCCAAAGUCCUGAGGCCGGGGAGGAAAGGUUAGAACUGACUAGGAAGCAUUCAGAAGCCAAGUCAUGGAUCCACCUGCACGCAAAGAAAAGUCCAAAGUGAAAGAACCUGUCAGCAGAGUUGAGAAGGCCAAGCAGAAGUCAGCCCAGCAGGAGCUGAAGCAAAGACAAAGAGCAGAGAUUUAUGCCCUCAACAGGGUCAUGACCGAACUGGAACAGCAGCAGUUCGAUGAGUUCUGUAAACAGAUGCAGCCUCCUGGAGAGUGAGCGGCAGAGUUCAAAGGAGACGGGACCCAGCGGCUUUGUCUGUGAGCUCCUUGCCAGUGUUAGGCUGAGAUGGCCUGUUUGGAGCCUUACAGAACUAGACAAGAAGGCAUUUAUGUUAUUCCUAAAACUGGAUAAAUCUGAACUUCCUACAUGUAACUUCUGCUUCCCUGGUUCCUCCGAUUUGAAUUGGCCCAAUGCUUGCUGAAGAGACUUGUUUUAUUCUUCUAAGACAAUAGUCUUUUUUAAAAAAACCUUUUUCUAUUGUUUGAGAACAAUCAUUGUUUCUUGUGAAACUGUAAAUCUCCAAAAAUACAAAUAAAAUACUAGUAAAAUGUG